AGUUUCUCCGCUAUAAAUUGGAACCACCGCACACGAUACAGCGCAGAAUCCAACCUUAAAGAACCAAAAUCAUUAAAAAAAAAAAAAAUCAGCGGUUACAAAAUGAGAUUUCACUGCUUUGUUCUCUUCCUUUCUCUGUCGGCGUUCACCUUCACCGCUGUCCGGUCGGAAGCUCGGGUCGGCGGCUGGAAACCCAUCCAGAACAUCGCGGACCCCCACGUGACAGAAAUCGCGAAUUACGCGGUUACCGAGUACGACAAUCGAUCUGGGUCCAAGCUGAAGCUGGUGAAGGUCAUCAAGGGUGAGACUCAGGUGGUGGCUGGCACCAACUACCGCCUUGUGCUGGCGGCGAAGGAUGAAUCCGCCACUAAGCAUUACGAAGCCGUCGUGUGGGAGAAGGUCUGGGAGCAUUUCAAGAACCUCACUUCCUUUAAACCUCUUAAUUGAUAUAUAAUCAUAAUGUGCCAUUUUGUCUAUUAUAAAGAUGUUUCAGAGUAUUUUCUUGUAUCUUGUAUUCCUUUCUCUCUAUUGGUUUUGCCAAUAAAGAAAGACAGGGAUAUACAUAUACUAAUGGAGGUCAAAUUAUAAUAAUAGUUAGACGCAUCUUUUCUGGCUUUGGCGUUUUUCUGGAAAUUUUAUUUGU